CCUAGCUAUAAACUCAAAUCAUUUAAUCUCAAUUUGGUGAGGUACAAAAAUAAUACACAUAUAGCACAUAUCUGGAAACAUAUUUUAAAGCUAUGGCAUUGAGGCCAAGAACCCCAACUUUCCGGCCACAACUUUCAGUUCGUCGUGUGUAUGAGACUUUUCAACCACGGUCAGAGAUAAAAGAAACUCCAAAAACUUACCUUCUGCACGUUUAUCUUCCUGGUUUUACAAAGGAUCAUAUAAAGAUUACAUUUACAGGCUCUUCACAAAUGGUGAGGAUUACAGGUGAACGACAAUUUGGAGGCAAUAGAUGGAUCCGGUUUGACCAGACAUACCCUAUUCCUGAAAAUGGUGAUGCAGAGACACUUGAAGGCAAGUUUGUACUUGGAACCCUCAUCCUCACAAUACAAAAGAAGUUAAAUUCACAAGUUGAGCCUAAACAAGAAGUGGAAACAACCCAAGAAAAAGGCCCAGUAGGCCCUCCAGCUGUAGCUGAAUCAAAGCCUAAAGAAGAAGCCCAAGAGAUCAGUCCACCACAAUCUAGAACUACCAAAGUUGAGCCUAAACCAGAAGCUGGAAAGGUCCAAGAAAAAAGUUCGGCAGGCCCACCAGAGAAAAUUGUAGGUGAAGCAAAGCUUGAAAAAGAAGCCCAAGAGACCAUUCCACCACAAUCUACCACAACCACUAAGGUUGAAGAACCAAGCCCAGUAAAAGUCCCUGCUAACUUUAAAGACCAGAAGAAUAAUCAAGAUGAUACAUCACCUCAAAUCCCUUCAGAACCAAUGAGGGAUCAUAGCGCUCAAAAGGGUCAAGAGGAAAUUGAUACAAAACCAACACCCACAAAGGAAACAACAAUCCAAACAGAUGAAAAGCAUCCAAAAGGCCCAUUAGAGGAAGUUGAGCCCAAGCCCACUUUAUUAACAACAUUCGCUAGAGACCUAGUUGAAGCAAAAAGUGUAGACAAAGUCAAAGAACAAUUAGAGGAAAAGAAAGAGGGAAUGAGUGCUAAAAAUAUGGAGAAGGGUGAUAUAAAAGAAAAUGAAAUCCAAACAAGAAAAUUUUCAUCUAAGAAGAAAGAUGAAACUUCUGCUUCAAAAUUUUCAGAAAAGGAAAAGGAAUCAAGCAGCAGAACUUCUCCUAAACAACAAGGGAAGAAUUAUGGAGAGGAUAUAAUCUAUACUAUAGGGAAUGGAAUCAGAAAUUUAGCUAGUUCUUCUUCUGAUGUUGUAACAAGAAUAACAGAAAGGAAGUUGAAUGAUGAAGACAAACAUUUAGUUGCAAAUAUAGGUGUUGCAGUUCUAGUGAUUGCUGCAUGGGGAGCUUAUGCAACGUAUAAAUGUGCCUCUUAAGGGAUUAAUUUGGUCACAGUGGUGAAAGAGCACACAUGGCGAUCCAUGAUUUACAAUUUCACUUUAAUUGAAAGCAAACUCAUGGUUGUAAAUAAUCACACUAUCAUCCCUGACCUGCCUAAUCAUUGUAACAACACAAGAUCUAAUAAGUGUAUCUUAAAAUAGUUGUAUUGUUUUUAGUUUGGUUAAUCGCACAUUUGUCCUUUAUCUA